AUGAGGAGCAGCGGGGGCCGGCAGGAACAUGGACGCGAGAUUGGGGGGCAGCGGGGCCGCCUGUGCAGGGACGCAGCUGCCACCAAGCACACGGGUGGACCCGCCUCAGCCUUGGCACCUGGGCCCCCAGCGGAGCGGCCGCCACUGGCCACGGACGAGAAGAUCCUCAAUGGGCUCUUCUGGUAUUUCUCGGCCUGCGAGAAGUGUGUGCUGGCCCAGGUGUGCAAGGCCUGGCGGCGCGUGCUUUACCAGCCCAAGUUCUGGGCAGGCCUCACGCCGGUGCUGCACGCCAAGGAGCUCUACAAUGUGCUGCCUGGUGGCGAGAAGGAGUUCGUGAACCUGCAGGGCUUUGCUGCAAGAGGCUUCGAGGGCUUCUGCCUGGUUGGCGUCUCUGACCUGGACAUCUGUGAGUUCAUUGACAACUAUGCGCUCUCCAAGAAGGGUGUCAAAGCCAUGAGCCUCAAGCGCUCCACCAUCACGGACGCAGGCCUCGAGGUUAUGCUUGAACAGAUGCAGGGCGUGGUGCGUCUGGAGCUGUCGGGCUGCAACGACUUCACCGAGGCCGGGCUGUGGUCCAGCCUGAGCGCGCGCAUCACCUCGCUGAGCGUGAGUGACUGCAUCAACGUGGCCGACGACGCCAUCGCGGCCAUCUCGCAGCUGCUGCCCAACCUGGCGGAGCUGAGCCUGCAGGCCUACCAUGUGACGGACACGGCGCUGGCCUACUUCACGGCGCGCCAGGGCCACAGCACGCACACGCUGCGCCUACUCUCCUGCUGGGAGAUCACCAACCACGGCGUGGUCAACGUGGUGCACAGCCUGCCCAACCUCACCGCGCUCAGCCUCUCGGGCUGCUCCAAGGUCACCGACGACGGCGUGGAGCUCGUGGCCGAGAACCUGCGCAAGCUGCGCAGCCUUGACCUCUCAUGGUGCCCACGCAUCACCGACAUGGCGCUGGAGUACGUGGCUUGCGACCUGCACCGCCUGGAGGAGCUCGUGCUCGACAGCCAGCUCUGCCCAAACGUUGGCUUCACCAACUUCAACGAGCGUGCCAGGAAGAUGUCGAGCCCGGGCAUCGACGGCGACCCCAAGCCUCCAUGCUUGCCUCGAAAUGGUCUGGUGAAGCUGCCAGGCCAGCCCAACGGCCUGGGACACAGGGGCCCGGAAGAGCCCUACGGGCUUCCUGCAUCUUCCACCGCACCAUGCCUGGAGCCCUCCGAGGGGUGUCAGGGGAAACAGGCCACCGCCAAAGCCAUGGCCCGCCGCCGAGAGCCCAAGCCCCACCCGCACCUCCUCACCCAUCCAGCCUGA